CGGGGAUCUGAGAAGGAGUCAUACAGUAGACUUCCUUCUUUGUGCUACAUGCUUGAUAAAGCAAAUCCAGAUUCGGUUGUUAGAUAUUCUUGUAAUGAAACUGGAGAAUUUCAGAACUUUUUUAUGUCUCUUGGUCCAUGGAGACGUGGAUGGGAGAAGUGCAUUCCUGUUAUUGUUGUUGAUGGAUCAUUUUUGAAAUCGUAUUACAAGGGAACACUGCUCACGGCCUGCACACAAGAUGCUAACAAGCAGAUUUUUCCACUUGCAUUUGCUAUUUGCAGUGUUGAAAAUACCGUUAACUGGACUUGGUUUUUCAACAUGUUGAAGAAUUGUCUCAACCAUAGAAAUGGUUUGUAUAUUGUGUCUGAUCGGCAUGAAGGAAUUAUAAAUGCCGUUCAUUCUGUCUUUCCAUAUGCGGAACAUGGAUAUUGUGUUUAUCACAUAUUAGGCAAUAUAAAAUCCAAGUUUAAAGGUACUGCAAAGGUGUUGUCUUGGAAAUUCUUACAAGCAGCGAGAGCGGGUUCUGUUUAUGAAUGUGAAGAGUAUCUUUCCAGGCUUGAUUAUGAUGACCCGCGUAUACGUACGUACUUGCAAAAGAUUGGUAAUGAGAAGUGGUCUCGUGCAUAUGCUAGCCGCAACCGUUAUUCUGUGAUGAUGUCUAACAAUGCGGAGUCUUUGAAUGCUGUUUUUGUCACGGCUCGUGAGUAUCCCAUCUGCAAGUUGAUUGAGUUUAUAGUACGCACAAUGCAAACAUGGUUCUGUGAACGCAGAGAAGAAGCUGCAUCAAACAGAUCUCUACUCUCUGCUUACUUUGAAGCGCAAUUACGUCUAUCACAAUUAAAUGCUGCAUUAAUGCAGGUCAAGCCAUCAUGUAUCUUUGAAUUUGAGGUCUUUGAUGCGAAAGGAAGAUCAUUUGUUGUCAAUUUAAGAGAAGGGACUUGUACAUGCCGUGAAUUUGAACUUGAUGGCUUCAUAUGUGUUCAUGCCGUUGCUGCAAUCCGUUCUCGUCCGGGACUUUCUGCUUAUGACUACAUUCCUGAAUAUUAUACUACACAGAAAUGGUUUUCAGCUUACGAGGGCAUCAUUCAUCCCAUCGGUAGUUACGAUUGUUGGGUUGUUCCCCAUGACGUAUCUCAAAUCAUUUGCAGCCCUCCAUCUUGUUCUAAGAGACCUCCUGGAAGACCCAAGAAGCGACGUAUUCCAUCUACCGGUGAACAUGUGCGUCAACAAAAGUGUACACGUUGCUCAAUGGUUGGUCACAAUAGGAAGACAUGCCGAAACCCCAUUUCUCGCACUCGCUCCUAAUGUUGAAUCUGUUUUACUUGUUUAGUUUUAC